AUGGCGUCUGCGUUUCUGAGUGAAAAUGGAAGCCGUUUUUGGAAUGACUGUUCUCCACAGAAGCCCCUCUUUCCAAGAGAUUCUGCAUUAAUUGAAGAAAGGUUGAAAUAUCUCUUCCUCCAGAUCAAUAACCAACAGCGAGAUAAACAGCGGAAGAAGAAUAGGCGGGAGACUAUGUCCUUUGACUUGAACUGGUCAGACACUGGCAAUAUGGAAAUCUUUCAGCCUGCAGAAGAAGAGAAAGUAAACUAUGAACCGAGUAUCAGUGGUUCAGUGGUGUCCCACUCUGCAAUGAAAGACAAGAAGGUUACGCAUGGGCUGAAGAUUGAGGACAUAAUUACAACCGCAGAAGUCGCUCCUAAGCCAAACACCGGCGACCCAAGGGCUUCUCAGCCCGCGGGAGAGUCUAUUGUCGUCGAUAUAGACUCACUCUUGCCGGCAGUGCGUGAGCCCAAUCCUAUUACCUCCGUAACCCGUCCAUUUUUGGAGGAGGAGAGCGCCGCAUCCGAGUCAAGAACAGGUGUCUUGGCGACCUUGCAGUCGUUUUUUCAGCCCACGGACCCGAGUUUAUCCUCGAAAUGGUACAACAUCCAAUACAGUGUGACAAACCCUGACGGAUGGAACAUCAUCUGGGAUUUUCAAGGCGACUUUUUCAGCAUCACGCUAAAAGAUCUGGCUAGCUCUAUUGGCGAUAGCGGGUCAGGGUUCAAUUUCAAACUCUACACACCACAAGCCAAGUACUCCCGUGAUGUUGGCCCUGGAGAAGAGGAUGGUUUUGAAAAGUUGGUCUAUCGUGCUGUGAGUCUGUUGGUUACCUAG